GUGGGAUCGAAAAACCCUAUGUGAUUGACUGGAAUUCAGAUGGCUGGCAAGACCUGAUGGUCGUGACAUAUUCAUAUUUAGGUGACAGAUUUAGUGCCUGUAGCUUUGGAUAUGGCCAUUAUCGGCACGUGAUGGUGCCAGAUCUAAUGCACAAUACCCACAUGGGUUCCUAUGCACAUCUCAACUUGGCCAGUUGGUUAAAGGAACAACGCUUGAGUGUGAUCGACUGGAACGGUGAUAGCUUGUUGGAUCUGGUGGUGAGCCCAGGUCUUCAAACUUCGCUUGCUUCUUCAUGGCCGAAGUUAUACGAGAAUCAUCCUUUUUCAGGGGCUACAGAAGUGGAGUUAGUCUUCGAAAAUGUCACGGCCACCUUCAUGAAUCAUCAAAGUUUUGGAGUUGACUACAGGUUUGCAGUUGAAGACUUCGACGGGAAUGGUGAGCCAGAUCUCCUCAUUGUGUCCCAAACCGAUGGAAAAGUGCACUAUCAUCGGAAGGUCUUGGGUAGUCUUCUUGGAGAAGAGAAGUCCCAUCCAUUCAGCGGCAUCACAGUCAAACGACACAAGGAUCCUUGGAAUCACUUCUCCUACUACGCGGUGCAGCCUUUUAUGGUGGAUUUUGACCAGGACGGUGACAUGGAUUUGAUUUUGGGUCCCCCAGAUGGACGGUUUUUUUGAGCAGAAGAAUGGCACGCUGCACGAGUGGCCACUGGAGCAGAGUCCAGUCAGAAAUCUCCUAGCUGAACUGGAUCAUUAUCAGGCUAAUGGUGAAUUUCAACACGACGAAUACGUAAAUGGUGGAUAUGUAAGGCGCGAGGAGGCUUAUAAGAAAGUUGAAUGGAGGUUCUUGGAUUAUGACCUUGACGGCGACCUGGACCUGAUUCGCCUGGGCUAUGUCAAAGAAGGACAUUGGCAACAGAAACUGCAGGCGUGCGAACGUUUGGGAGCCUCAAAGCUGCGAUGUGAUGAUGAUUUUUGGUGCUUGGGGACAAACCUGAGUACUUUUGAUCCGCUGGGAUUUGGUCCUGUGACGUCCUUUGAUCUAGGGGAUCUCAGUGAUGGUCUUCAGCUCAUUGCCAGACACGAGUCGACCAAGGGGGCAGUGCUUUGGACGUCGGGCUUUUGUACUCCUGAAGAUGCUUGCUACCAAAUGGGCCUUUGCUUGCCCAAACAUGUGAACUGCAGCUGCAUCGCGGGUCAUGAACUGGUCGAUUGUUCUGGUUGUGAACCGAACUUUUACAGUGUGCAGCGGAAUGUGGGGCAGAUGCAUGCCUGUGCAGCCUGUCCCGGUGCAGAAGGAAAGGUUUGCCACGGCCGGGGCUCCUGCUUCGAUGAUACUGCGGCAAGACAUGCACCACGGCAAGAAUCGUCCACAGCUGCUUUGACGGCAUCAGGCAAUGGCUCAUGUGGUUGCUAUGAGAUCUACUUCUUGGGCAAGGAUGAUGAAGGCCGCGGUACCUGUAUGGAUGGCCAUUGCCCGGCAGGCAGCGAAGAAAAGGAUGGAACAUGUGAGUCAUGUGAGGCUGGUUCUGCUUCUUUGGAAGGGGGCACCUGUAAGAAGUGCCAAGCCGGAAGCUUCUCUCUUGCGGGCAGUGGGAACUGCACGAGAUGUUCUCCGGGGAGAGUUGCAGGCACACUUGGGGCUUCAGCAUGUGAGGAUUGCCCUGUUGGAAGAUAUGAAUUCCAGCAGCAGUUCUGCAAUGAGUGCCCGGCUGGCUUCUUUUCGUCUAUAGGAAAUUAUGGCUCCUGUACGAAGUGCCCGGCUGGCUUUAUUGCACCAAAUCCUGGAAGUAGCACCUGCAUCCCAUGUCCAGGAGGCGGCUUUUCCGAGGAAGCCAGUGCAAAAUGCAUUCCCUGUGCUGCCGGCAGUGUUUCUGGUGCAACCAGUGAGGUUUGCAAGGAAUGCGAUGCUGGUUUUUUUGCCAAAGAUUCCAUCACUUGUGAGCCGUGCCCGGGUGGAACAUAUUCGGGAAAUGCUAGCAACACAUGCCUGAGCUGCGCUGAGGGUCACGUAUCCAAUCCAAAGAGCGCUGCCUGCAGACGCUGCAACGGCUUGAUGCUACGAGCCUCUCCAGACGCCACGAAACAAUUCUGCCACGUUGCAGGCAUGGAUGUGGUGUUGGCAUUCAUCUCUUGGAGUACUUCCGCGUGCUUUUGCUUCCUCUUCUUGAUGGGCUGCUACAGUUCCAUUCCAAUUUCAGACGUGUCAGCACAGGGCCCCAAGCUGGUGCUCACCACAGCGGUUGCGCAUUGGGUUUUGGAGAGGUCAUGCCCAGAGGUGACCUUUGGUGGAACUGGAGUGCCUGACCUGGAGAGAAGCUGCUUUCGGGUGAAGGCUUUGAAUUCCCUGCAGUUGACGCUCGAUGGCCAGGAGACGACCAUGUCAUUAGAUACUUCGAUGGGAUUUAUGCAACUAAAGCCACUACAGGGCUUCUUUGUGACAGGUGUUGUGCUGGCUGGUCUUGUGCGGUGUCCUCUCAUUUGCUGGUGCAUGCUUCAGUUGGCUGCGGCCUGUGCAGCUGCCAUCCAGCUGAAGUGGCUCCUGACCCUGCUAGUGUGUAGUUUGGGCCUCUGCACUGGUGCGGUGGCAUUCGCCUUACGGCGCAGGUCCCGCACUGCGUUGGCCCAGCGGCGUCGCCAGUUCCUGAAGGAGUGGCCUUUGGCGUUGCAACGCUGCGGUCGAGGGCCUGAACGGUCCAUGUCAGCCGGGCAGCUUCAAGACUUCUUGCAGUUCUUUGAGACCUUCAUCAAGGAGCGUUCCAUGUACUAUGUAUGUUCCAACAUCGUCAAGCCGCUCACGGAGCUGCACAAGAUGUCUUUGGUUGAACUGGUUGGCCCUAGGCAGAUGGAGUGGUUCGUGAGCCACUACUGGGGGAUGUCCGUGCGGCAUUUCGGUGAGGCCAUCCGCAAACAUGCCAUAUCAAGCUCUUCUGAUUUUGAUUGGCGAGAAGUUGGAUAUUGGAUUUGUACCUUCAGCAACAACCAAUGGCAUGUAGAAGAAGAGCUGGGUGAUGGACACUGGCAAUCUUCUUCAUUUUAUCUUGCUUUGAGAAGUCCGGAGUGCAAGGGUACAGCCAUGAUCAUCGAUGAGCUUGUGCUGCCUCUCCAACGCAUUUGGUGCCUCUUUGAAGUCUACCACACCAUACGCCUCUCUGGCAGCGGCAGCUUCCAGGGCUUGUUGCUGUGUACCUCCACGGGUGUCUUGCAAGAGGGGAAGGCAGGAACCGACGUGGCCGUCGCAGUGGCCCAGCGGGCCGCGGAGCUGGACACGCGCUCCGCGUCCGCAACGGCGGAGGAGGAUCGGCAGAUGAUUCAUCGACUCAUCGAGCAGAUGCCAGGCGGCUUUGAAACGAUGAACACCUUUGUCCGCGAGACUAUUUGCCGUGCCUUGGAGGCGUCUCACCAGCACUACGAACAGACCUUCCUAGGCUUGGUCAACGAGUUAAGCUCGGCCUCAUCAGCAGCAUCUUUACCGACACUUCUGGUGAGCCAGAGGAAGACGAGGGAGGAGCUGAGCAAAGGCUCAGAUAGUCAGACGGUCAGCUAGCAAGUCGGGCCCUGAGAAUUUCCAGGAUGGGCUCAUUUGUCUUCAAAAAGUUAGAGAGUGCAUAGUGAAGGAAUAGUUUUCAAUUUACAUGGUUUUGAGACAAAGCCAAAAUUCAGAAUUUGCCGGGGUCUGCAGCGCUCCCAACAGAGGACUUUAAACAUACGCCAUGGCCCAUGGCAGAAAAGGCGGCGUGCGCAGUUCCACAGUUGCACGCCGUCAUUGGAGUGCAAGAUGCACGCGUUUGGCCAAUUAUCUACUGUAACUCCAGUUGCCGGAACGACAUGAAAAGACAGGAAAAGAAAAAUAAAACAAAGAACAUGAAAAGAACAGACCUAAACAGACAGCAGAAAGAAAAGGAUCACAACUACAAGACUUUCC